AUGGGUAUUCUUGCUGUACUUGCUCUACCGUUGCUUCUCUUAGGGAUCAGUGGAUUUAUUCAUAUUUACCAGUCAGUCAGGGGGCUAUUGUCCAAGUCAGCCGUGCAAAACAAGGUGGUGGUGAUCACGGAUGCGAUCUCUGGACUGGGCAAGGAAUGUUCUCGGGUGUUUCACACAGGAGGAGCAAGGCUUGUGUUGUGUGGCAGGACGCUGGAAAAGUUAGAAGCCUUGUAUGAUGCUUUAAUUAGUGUGGCAGAUCCCAGUAUGACAUAUGCACCAAAGCUCCUACUUCUGGAUAUCUCAGACAUAAACAGCAUUCAAGAUGUAGCUAAGGAAAUCCUGAAUUGCUAUGGCUGUGUGGAUAUACUGAUCAACAAUGCAAGUAUGAAGGUGAAAGGAGCAGUGCAGAGCAUCUCAUUGGAACUUGAUAAAAAGAUAAUGGAUGCCAACUAUUUUGGACCUAUAACAUUAACCAAAGCCAUUCUUCCCAAUAUGAUCUCAAGAAGAACUGGCCACAUUGUUCUAAUUAAUAGUAUCCAAGGAAAAAUAGGAAUCCCUUUUCGUGCUGCUU